AGAGUUAGAGCAGCUUGAUAAAAGAGAGGAGAGACACUCACACAUUCAUUCAGCCUCUUUGAGGAGAGGCGCUGGCAUGGGGGGGAAAGCUACCAGCCCAGAUCCAGGUGAAACAUGACGUUCGACUUCCUGCCAGAACCCAGAUCAAACCAAGUGUUAAAGUUGGUCUGGGAGAUGAGCUCUUGGUGCUGGCCCAGUUCACUCAAAGAUGGAGUCUCGGCCUCCAGGGGAUGGCUGCGUCGGUUCUUACUGCUGAAGCUGGUGAUGGUGCUGCUGUUCCCCCAUGCUGCAGGCCUCCCCCUGCUGGUGGGCUGCGUGUUCAGCCUGCGGGCCCUGUUGCUGCUUCGCUCCCCUCACAUCUCCACCAAGCCCUCCACUGUGCUGCUGGGCCGCCUGGCUCUCGCAGACAGUCUCGUGAUGCUGCGUUUUUUUCUUCAGCUGGGAGCGACAUUGGUCUGGUGGAUGGAGGAGGCGGGGGUUGAGACUGAGACGGGCCUCAUGAGGGAGCGGGAUUGGUGGAGGGAGGCUGUUAGUGCGCUCAGUCAGCAGCUGCUUGAUGCUCACCACCUGGCCUCUCUGCUCCUGCUGGCACUGCUGGGACUGGAGGCCACGCUGGUGUCACGCUGGCCUCAGCAGACUCGGAGAUUCAGGACUUCUCACUGGGCUCAGCUCAGCUGCAGCCUGGUCUGGAUAAUUGUGCUGCUAGAGUUAUUGUUCUUGCUCCACUCAAAACUUUUUCAAGACUCAAGACCCCAGACUUAUUCCUCAACAAUACACAACUCUCAUAGUUCCUCUCUGGGCCUGGAGCCUCUUCCCUCCCUUCCAGCUUUCUCCUCCUGCCUGAGGAGGAUGUUAUGGCUGGUGAAUUUAUGGAUGCAUUAUGCCGUCCUCUAUAGCAAACCACAGAGGAGAAAGAGCUCAUUUCAUUGAAAGUUUGCUCUGAAAUAUCCUUGCUAUUUUUAUACUAUUUUAUUUAUAAAAUAAAAUUAUUUUUAAUUUGUGUGGUAGAAAUUGUGACAAAGAUGUCUUUAUAUGGGCCUUAAAUGGAGACUAUGCAACUUAGACUAAACAAUGGCCCCUGUGGCUGCAAAUUUACAAGUGUGUUUACUUAUGCCAUUUUACUUAUGUGACUUUAUGAGUGACAUGCUUAAACACAGUGGAAUACUAGCAAAAGCACAAGACACAAUAAACAGCUGGUCAUACCCAAACAGCAACCUGAGCCUGAAAAAUGAAGCCAAUGCAGAAGUGCCAAAAACUGCUCUCCCACUAUGCAAAUGUCUAUAGUUGUACCUUAAAUGAAUCAAGUAGCAAAAAUGUGUUUACUGACUUAAAUAAUGGACAAUACAGGUUACGUGUAUUUACAUGAUAAAUAGAUAUAUUUUUAACAUUAAAACACAUUUCAACUUGCCAUUGAAGACCCCCCCCCCUCAGUUAUUAUGAAGAUAUAUACAUUUUUUUACAAUAUCAGCAGAAGCCAAUGUGAAAGACACAAAUGAACCGCUAACACAAAGUUGAAAAGUGAACUGCAGCCUGUCUAAGCUUAGUCAAAAUGCCAAAUAAUCAUAAUAAGUAUAUGUAUGCAAAAUAGACAUUGGCCUAGAUGGGUUGAUAACACUGGAUUUGAAAAUGGUGAGAGGUGACAAGUAAAUUGAUUUGCUCUUGUUAUUUAAUAAUUUCUUUAAUCAUGUUUGAUUUUUACUUUUCUCACACUAUUCAUUGGAGGGUUUUUUUCACUCCUUGUUUUGUUUCAUGCUAAAAGAAGAACAAUAACUGCCACAGUCUUAAUUAAAAGAAAACUUGACAUAA